AUGGACACUAAGCCCAAACCACUGGUGGAAUAUAACACCCGGCCACAGCAGAACAACCCCGGAGAUACCAAGGUAGCGCAUCGCCUUGAGGCUUGUUGGUGGCUGGAUAUAAAGCGCACGAGACCUCAAUACUGGCAGUCUCUCCGCAAGGGCUCGUCACUCGAGGCUCCAGGCAGCCUCGCCCGCACGGAGAAGACUUGGCGUGCGGUAGAUGGGCUCGAACUCGCGAGUGUGAAGCAAAUAGGCUUAACUGAAUGCUGCUGA